AUGGGUUCUGAUUCCAAUUUGGGAGGGUCACCCUCAGCAUCCUCGCCCAGUGCCAAGCGCACCAGAGAUCCCGAAGAGGAAGUUUACCUUGACAACCUUCGCUCUCACAAACGAUACCUAAGCGAGAUAAUGGCAUCCAGUCUCAAUGGAUUGACUGUUGGGGACUCAAUUCCUGAUAAUCUCAUGGAAUCUCCAGCAAGGUCUGAAAGCAUGUUCUCUUUCAGAGAUGAUAUGUCUUUACAAUAUUCACCUAUGUCAGAAGAUUCAGAUGACUUGAGGUUUUGUGAGACCCCAGUGCACAGUUGCUCAUCCCAGCCCGACAGUCUUCCCAGUAGUCCAGUUUCUCCACACAGGUACCAAAGACCGCAGAAUGUAUUAUCUUCGGCACCUUCUUCAAGUUCAAAUGCUUCACAUGGCUCCACAGUUUCCACUGCUACUUGCCCCACCCAGCCUCGUCAACGAGGGUCAGAUUCUGAAGGGCGUUUCCCAUCAUCGCCAAGUGAUAUAUGCCACUCAGCUGACCUGAGAAGAGCUGCACUUCUAAGAUCUGUGCAGAUGAGAACACAACCUUCUGGCGCUGCAUCUUUGGACCUGCCUUUUGGUUCUAACCAAGACCCUGCUCCUAACAUAGAUACGGAGGAAAGAUCAUGCUCAUAUAUGAAAUCUCUAGUUGACGAGAGAGAGUAUUGA